AAAUAGGAUUCGAAUUCCUGUGCCAAACAACUUAACAUAGUAUUUGCAAAAUGAGUGCCCAGAUUCGGAGUAGACAAAUCUCGCUGUCUCUGCUGCUGCUGCUGGCCCUGUGCCUGGACUGGCAAAUGGUUUUGGCACGCACACGUGAUCUGUGCCAGGUGAAGCCCAGCACGAGCAGCCUCUGUGUGCCGACCACACUGGGCAUCUACUACGAUGAGGAGACGCAGCACUGCCACUACAUGGGCUGCAGCAAUAAGCGACUCUUUGGCUCGCUUGAGGAUUGCGAGAAGAUAUGCAACAAUGCGCGACACGUCAAGCGGCGCAACAACGUGGCCAGCAGCAAAACCAAUCAAACCACUAAUUGAAUAUAAGCACUUACAAUAG